GUAAAACCCUGUUACGAUGUCGGCGACGGGGCCCAUCAGUAACUAUUACGUGGACUCGCUCAUCUCUCACGACAAUGAAGACCUCCUAGCGUCCAGGUUUCCGGCCACGGGGGCUCACCCCGCCGCCGCCAGACCCAGCGGUUUGGUGCCGGACUGUAGCGAUUUUCCGUCCUGUAGCUUCGCGCCCAAGCCGGCCGUGUUCAGCACGUCGUGGGCGCCCGUGCCCUCGCAGUCGUCCGUGGUCUACCACCCGUACGGCCCCCAGCCCCACCUCGGCGCCGACACGCGCUACAUGCGGACUUGGCUCGAGCCGCUGUCCGGCGCCGUCUCCUUCCCCAGCUUCCCGGCCGGGGGUCGUCACUACGCCCUCAAGCCGGACGCCUACCCCGGGCGCCGCGCGGACUGCGGCCCGGGCGACGGCCGCAGCUACCCGGACUACAUGUACGGCUCGCCCGGGGAACUGCGCGACCGCGCCCCGCAGACCCUGCCCUCGCCCGAGGCGGACGCCCUCGCCGGCAGCAAGCACAAAGAGGAGAAGGCCGACCUGGACCCCAGCAACCCCGUGGCCAACUGGAUUCACGCCCGCUCCACAAGGAAGAAGCGCUGCCCCUACACCAAGUAUCAGACGCUGGAACUGGAGAAGGAGUUUCUCUUCAAUAUGUAUUUAACCAGGGACCGUCGGUACGAGGUGGCCCGGGUUCUCAACCUCACCGAGCGGCAGGUCAAAAUCUGGUUUCAGAACCGGAGGAUGAAGAUGAAAAAGAUGAAUAAAGAAAAAACCGACAAGGAGCAAUCCUAAACCCUGCCGCAGCCUGCUGCCUCGGCACAGCCAAGGGAAAAACAAAAAACCCACAAAAAUACUCCGACGCAGGCGGGAGACAGCACGAAAAAGAAAAGGAAUGAGCAAGAUAGAGAAAAGCCAAUCGGCUUAAAAAGGAAAAAAAGGGAAAGGGAGAAGGAAAACUCUUGCGAGAUUUGGGAGGGUUCAGUGUUGAGAAAUUGGUGUUUUAGUUAGUUCUACCCAGCAAGGAGGAGGAGGCCGGGAGAGAAACCGCGUUCUCUUCUCCCAGCGCAACUGAAAUAAAUGACACACAGAAAUGUGA